AUGUCAAAUCUCACAUAUUAUUCAAUGUUAGGUUACUAUGCGGUUCGUGUUGGUCGUGAACCAGGAAUAUACUUAUCAUCAGAUCAAUGUAAAGAACAGAUUCACAAAUAUCCUAGUGCCUUGUAUAAAAAAUUUAAUACAAAACAGCAGGCUGAAGAUUUUAUUAAACCGAUAGAAGAUAUUAAGAACUAUCUAUCAGUUUGGACUGAUGGAAAAUUAAAAUCAAUCACUGGUGUUGGAGUAUUUUUUGCUGACAAUGAUGAUCGAAAUCUGUCUGAAAGAUUACCAGGCGAAAUUCAAACAAACAACCGAGCUGAACUAUAUGCUACUAUACGAGCAUUAGAAAUUGUUGAUAAACUACAGAUAUUGUUAUAA